AUGGCUUUAUCUCGUAAAUCUCGUUCACGCGCUACUCGCUACACAACAUUCUAGUUUCAACGCUGGCAGGAAGGUGGCGCGGUUUACGAAAAGGUCAUUGAAUCGUGGCUUGUUCCUACCAUUAAGUUUUUUCUCGCCAGUUCACUCACCACAUGACAGCGCGUAGUGGUCGGCUGCGGCGAAAGAGUGUUGUUCUAUGCAAAACAAUAGAUUAAUUUCUCACAAGUGAAUGAAACAGGUGUGCAAUGCUGUGUCAUUUAUUUUGCAGUGACUGACAUGAAACUAAUGCAAACUUUUAUUGAAGUGAUUUAAGAGUUUAACUUAGUUUUUCCGUUAAAUUAAUAUCAGAAGUGUGACAAAGUUGAAACUUUCUCGUGUUAUCAAAUUUUGCGGUGUUUUGUGUGAACAGCGGUUCUAAAAUGAGCUGUAUAUUUUACUGUUAGUGUUUUACUGUGAUCCAUCAAGAUGACUACAGACAGGUUCCACAAGGCGGCCAAAGACGGCCUGCUGGAGGUGCUGCGCGAGGCGACGCGCAAGGAAUGCAACAACAAAGACGAGUCCGGCAUGACGCCCACUCUGUGGGCCGCCUUCGAGGGUCACGUCGAGGCGCUGCGCCUGCUCUGCGGCCGAGGAGGUGAACCCGACAAAGCAGACUACUUCGGGAACACGGCGUUGCACCUCGCUUCCGCGCGGGGGCACAAGGAAUGCGUGACAUUCCUGGUGAACUUCGGGGCUAAUGUGUACACGAUGGAUGUGGACGGCCACACGGCCCAGGAGCUCGCCGCUAUCAACGGGAGGGACGAUAUAUUGCGGUUCCUGGACCAGGCCACUGCUAUGUUGGAGAAUAAUGAUAAAAAAAAGGCGAAAUCCAUGAAAGAGAAAGCUAAGAAAGACCACGAAAAAUCUCAUAAACAAUACCAAAAGCGACAGAGCAAAGCUGAGAUUAUGGCUGAAAAAGAAUUAAAGAAGCUGGCAAAGGAGUGGGACCAGGGGUACAACGAGGAUGUGUCCACGAUGCCCCACAGGCCCAGCACCGUGCUCAUGGCUCUGAAGCAGAAGAUGACCAGGUCCACGAGCCAGGGUAACUUACUCGCUGACGAGCAGCCCCGACCGACAUAUAGUGCUUUAGUUGGAACAGUAAACUCGGGCGCCCGCGGGCGCGGCGCCGUCUACAAGAAGGCUUUGGCUAGCAAAAUGAAGAACGGCACUGUGGGUCGCGCUGGGCCGACUGAUGAUUUCAAGGUUGGCGAGGUGGAGCACGGUGGCCGUCGGUCCGUGACGUCACUGAGCGGCGUGAGGCGCGACUCUGAGGUCAUGUACGUGGGGACCUUCGGCGCCGGCCCUCAGGCUCGCGGCGAACUCAACAACGUGUUCAAACAACAGGCACCGACGGAGCGACAACCACUCACUAGAUCGUUAAGCCAGCCUGAUUUCACGGCGGCACAAGGCGAGGACAGCGGAAUCGGACAAGAGGUGCUACUACAGGAACCCGCCAGUAUAUUCGACCGGCCUGGCUUCGGGAGCGUCGCUUUCCGACGAUCAAUAACGGCAACGCUGGGGGCACUGCCCGCGGGCGGUGCACCAGGCGAAGACAUGUCCAUCGGCUCCGCGGGCUCGCUGGCCGCGCGCCACGCCUACCAGCCCGCUGAAUGGAACUCCGCGCAAUCUGAGAGCUCAACAAUAACGUCCGACGAAGAAGGCGAAGCAGACGACUCGGGCUACGCGUCACUCGAGCGCUUCCUCACGGCAUGGGGUCUCGCUCAAUACGUUCAGAAGUUCAAAGACGAGCAGAUCGACCUAGACGCCCUCAUGCUGUUGACGGAGAGCGACAUGAAGUCGCUAGGCCUUCCGCUCGGACCUUACAGGAAACUGGUAACUGCUGUGCAGGAGAGAAAACAGGCGUUGAGCAAUCCGGGGGUUAUUAUUGAUUCUGCUAUAUAAGCUUGCAAUA